GUCAAAUGCGAAAUGUGUCAAAUGGUGUCAAAAUUAUAAUUGUAAACAUUAGUGUAUUAUUUAAAAGGCUUUUGUUAAUAUAUUUUUAAAAAUAAAUUAAACUUGAUUAGGAAACAUUGGGGAAACAGUUAAGUAUUCGAAGUUGAAGAAGAUGGCAAGCAAUAAGAAGAUGGAAGAGGGAUACGAACAUAUCAAAAAUGCCGAAAAGAGUUUAAAAACGUCGUUAUUAAAGUGGCGUCCAGAUUACGAAAAUGCUGCCGAUGAAUAUAAUAAAGCAGCGACGUGUUUUCGUAAUGUAAAAGCUUAUCAACAGUGCAAAGAGUGCCUUCUGAAAGCUGUAGAGUGUUUCAAAGAGAACAGAGCAGUUUUUCAUGCAGCAAAGGCACUUGAUCAGUGCAUUUUGGUGUCCAAGGAGAUGGGAGACAUUCGAGACAUUUACAAAAUGGCAGAGCGUGCCGCAAAUAUGUUUCAAACUAAUGGAAAUGCUGAUUCUGCUGUUUCUACACUAGAGAAGACUGCUAAAAUUCUAGAGUCUCAAGUUCCAAUUGAAGCUUUAAAUUUAUACAAGCAGGCUGCAGAAAUAUCAGUGAUACAAGAUAAUCCAAGACAAGCAGCAGAGCAUACCAGUAAGGUGGCCAGAUUGCAUAUAAAAUUAUUACAAUAUGAUUUAGCAGCUGAUGCUAUAAGAAGAGAGAUAGGGUUUUAUCAACAAACUGAAAAUCAGAGAGCUUUAGGACGAAUUGUGGUGGGACUUGUUUUAGUUCAGUUAGCUAGAGGAGACAUUGUCGCUGCAGAAAAAGCCUUUAAAGAGUGGGGAAGUUACUGUGAAGCACCAGAGAUACAAAAUUUGGAGAUGCUCCUUCAAGCUUACGAUGAGGAAGAUCCCGAGACUGCUAAAAGAGCACUGAAUGACUCUUUUAUUAAAAACAUGGACGUGGAAUAUGCAAUUUUGGCAAGGAAUGUACCACUGCCGCAAGGGGGUGUGGUAAUUCAAAAGAAACCCAUCAUUGAAAACGCCGCUGAUGAAUAUAAGCCUGUCAGACCUAUGACAGACCAAUACACUCCAACUGCUAGUUAUCAAGGAAAUAAUGGGGACGAAGAUCAUCAAGAAAAAAGCAGAGAUCAACCAGCAGAUGAUGAGGAUGAAUAUGCAGGUGGUUUAUGUUAAAAAAUCCCAAUUUUAUUCAUCACAUGCUUGAUCUAACAAAAAAUUAGAACCUGUUUCAGAAAUAUAGGUCUUAAUUCAUAA